UAAAAAUAUAACAACGAAUUCAUGUCAACAUAGUAUAAGUUUCCAAUAAUUGUGAAAUAAAAAGGCUGUGAUUAACAUUAAAAUGGAAUGUGUAGUGUGUGGCGGUACAAAUUUCAUCAAAGAAUCGGGCUAUUUCUUCUGCAGCGAAUGCCAGACGCAGAGCCAGGAAGUUCAAGAGCACGUCUUCCAGGAUGAAGCCACAGAGUUUCAAAUUAAAGGUGCCAAAAGAGUUCGCGAUAAAAAAGCGAAAGGAAAAUUCGAACAGCUCACUAGCUGGGAGUGCUACAACGUUGUUUUAUUGUCGUUGACCGAAGAGUUGAUUAAAUUGGGAGCCGAUCCGUCUAUUAAGAAAAUUGUCAAGACCUUGUGGAUGCGAUAUUUGGAGAAGCUGCAGGUGAUUAAUUUUGAUGAAGAUAAGAAGCCUAAAUUUUCAUUGAUAGGUACUAAAAGGGAUAUUGCCGUAACCUACGGGUUAGAGAAAAGGAAACGAGUAAAGAAAGAAAUUACAACAGAAGAAAAUCACGUAGAUCAAAUUUCAAGAAGAGAAAGAUCCAAAAAGAAGAUGGCGUUAGCAAAAUCCCUGUAUUCCCAAGAUGUGGAGGAAUGGGAGAAGAACAAGGAUUUGCACAAUGAAACUCUGGCUACACUUAAAAAUCCCGCUGCAUCAUCAGAAAGUUCCAAACAAAUUUCAUUCAACAAAUACAGCUUGGGCGAAUUAAGAAGCACAGUUUGCAAAGAGCACAUACAAGUCCACAAAAGAGAUUUAAGACUCAAUUUAAAAUGCCACAAAUUCACCCACGAAACGUGUUCGAUAGAUUACACAAAAGGCGCUUACAUAAUAUCACCUCUUAGGAUUUACUCCAUAUUGUACAUCGCUUUGUUGGUGAAAAGAGACGUUAUUCAUUUGGGCGAUUUGCUGCGUUUCUUGCGCGAGGGAUAUUUGAACUGCAACAGAUUUUCUUCCUUGUUUCCCGACAGUUACGCCGAUAAAAUAUUAAAUAUACAGGAUAAUUCCAUCAAGGGAAUAUACAGUCACACGGUAUUUAGAUCGACCGCUUCGAAGAUGAUCGAGUUUUUGGAAAUUCAAGACUACAUCGUUUGCCCGGAUUUGUCGAUUCUAGCCGAGAGGUAUUGCUCAGAGUUGAAUUUACCAGAUGAAAUCGUUAAUAUGGUGCAGCAUAUUCUCUUAGAAAAUCCUAUAAAAUUUUCGGGAACCAUUCCGAAUUACGAAGGCAGGGUGAUGUCUGUAAUAAUAUUCGUGUUGAAAAUAUUAUUUGGUCUCGACGGCGUGACCGAAAGGCAUUUUUCCAAAUACGCACAACAAUGCAACAGAAUUGUCAGCGAAUCGAGAAUGUUCGAUAUUAUAAACUGGCUAGAGUUUAUAGAAUACCGAAAAUUAGUAAUAAGCGAGAAUCAUCUACCGACGUCCCAUUUACACGAUAACGAAAUUAACCUUAACCCGGACCUGUUUUUGCAAUACAAAUACACGCACAACAUAUUCGUCAGCGACAGGAACAGAAUCGUAUCGGAUAUGGUGGGAUACAAGAACUUAUUGAGCAGGAUACAAAAUUUGCAACAGGAUUACAUACCUGCCAUCGAGUUUCUACCCAAUUUAACGCCUUUUAAAAAUUACUCCGAUAUUAUAGCGCCAUCGAAGAUGAGCCAAAACAUCAAAUUAAUCCUAAAUCGCAACUUUAGAAGAGACAGUUUAGAUUUCUUGUUGCGUUCGAAACAAUAUUUCGACGAUUCUAGUUUAUUCCACGAUGAAGGUGCUAAUAAAAACUAUAAAUUGGAACAUAUGAAGACGCACCACGAGUGCGCGUAUUUUAUCGAACCGAAGAAUAAAAAGUUCGUGCCCGUUAGACUGUUAGAUAAUUCUGAUGGGAGUAGUGGUAGCGAAGAAGUGGAAGAUGAACGAAGCUUUGCGAAAUACGCCAGCAGUAUCAGCUCUGAAAAUGAAGCUGCUUACAACAGGCAUUACCACCCCCACAAGAGACACUGGUUGUACUUGAGGGGUAGGAUCGAAAUGGCGUCCAAAGAGAAAUUCGAAGAGUUCUUCUCGAAACACAGCGUCGGCUUUAGGACGAUCGUGAGGGAAUGCUGUAGAGUUAUAGAAGAAAGCCCCGCUGAAUUAUUAUCCCAAUUACAACAUACUGAAUUAUAUUUAAUAUAUUGCGGAAAUUUUAGUAAUUCGAUUGAACGAAGACACGCUAGCAAAUUGGGACCUUAUCUUCGACAAGCGGAAUCAAAUUGGUGAUUUUUGUUUCACGUAAAAUUACUUCCAAGAAUUAACACAUUGUAUUGUAUUAAAACAUAUACUUGUAAAAAAGUAUUAUGUAGAGAUAAGAUAAACUGAAAUAAACAUA